AUGGACCAAAACAAUACCUCAAAGCGGAAAGAAUUUCUUUGAGCCUCUCUAGCUGGAGGCUGUGCAGGGAUAGCUGUUGAUUUUACAUUAUUUCCGAUAGAUAGUCUUAAGACCAGAGUCCAAGCAAGUACAGAUUCGAAGAAUUACACUACUGAUGCUAAGAAGGUCCACAAAUUUCGAGGUUUUGUGAGUAAUAUGCUUCCAUCUUUCCCAUGAGCAGCCAUAUUUUGGGCAUCUUAUGAAUUUUCUAAAUCUGCGAUAUCAAACAAUAAGCUCGGAAAAAGUAUGUCACUUCCAAUCCAACAUUUUUGAGCAGCCUCCAUCGCAUGAGCUUUUGAAGCUUUAGUCCGAAACCCCUUUGAGGUGGUCAAGCAGAACCAACAAAUCGGAAAAUAUGAAACAAUUAUUGAAGCUUGAAAGGAUAUUUACUGCCAUAAAGGGAUCUCUGGAUUCUAUCGAGGAUACUUUUCAGUAUUAUUGAGGGAGAUUCCUUUCUCAGGUCUACAAUUUUCUCUUUAUGAGUACCUCAAAAAGACUCGAAUAUCUUAUAUAUCGAAAACGAGGAAUAUUCCUGAAGAACAAGUUGAAAUAAAUUUUUGGAAUAAUGCCAUGAAUGGCUCCUUAGCAGGAUCAAUCCCUGGGUUCUUAAUUACACCCAUAGAUGUUAUAAAGACAAGAAGAAUGACUUGUGAUUUGAAUAAACAAGAGAUUUCUAUUCCAAAAUUAGUCUCUAAAAUAUACACAGAAUCAGGAUUUCAAGGCUUUUACAAAGGCGGAUUUCUUAGAGUUGUCUACCUCUCAGUCGGAGGAUGAGCAUUCUUUGGAAUUUAUGAACAAAUGAGGACCUAUCUAGAAUCCUCUUUGUAUGCCUAA